UUAACCACUACCGCGUAAACAAAAGCAAGCUGGACGACUUGAUUGGCAAUUAAAUUCCUGCACUAAGCAAUCUAAAUCUUAAUCUACUCUAUAAGAUCAUACUCCGAUCGAUUUGAUUUAGCUCAUCUUAAUUUUGAAUUUUUCCCGAUCCGAAUCAAACAUUUGCAACCAUGAGUUUCCUCUUCGGCAAGCGAAAAACGCCCGCAGAGCUUCUGAGGGAAAAUAAAAGGAUGCUGGAUAAAUCGAUUCGAGAGAUAGAGAGGGAGAGGCAAGGGUUACAGAAUCAAGAAAAGAAAUUAAUUGCUGAGAUUAAGAAGUCUGCUAAGCAAGGCCAGAUGGGAGCUGUAAAAGUAAUGGCGAAGGACCUUAUUAGAACGAGACAUCAGGUUGAGAAGUUCUAUAAGCUUAAGUCACAGCUCCAGGGUGUUUCUCUUAGAAUUCAGACGUUGAAAUCAACACAAGCAAUGGGUGAGGCCAUGAAAGGUGUGACAAAGGCAAUGGGCCAGAUGAAUAGGCAAAUGAACUUACCGUCACUACAGAAAAUUAUGCAAGAGUUUGAGAGGCAAAAUGAGAAGAUGGAAAUGGUUACCGAGGUCAUGGGAGACGCUAUCGAUGAUGCUUUGGAAGGAGAUGAAGAAGAGGAAGAAACAGAAGAGCUAGUAAGUCAGGUUCUUGAUGAAAUCGGUAUCAACAUCAAUCAAGAGCUUGUGAAUGCACCAUCAUCUACAGUAGCUGCACCAGCUGCAAAGGGUAAGGUUGCGCAAGUGGAAACAAUGGGGAACGAUGACGGUGGGAUAGAUAGCGAGUUGCAGGCAAGGUUAGACAAUCUACGAAAGAUGUAAUCAUUAUCUUCUUGUUACACUUGUAAAUUAUCUUACUCCACACAUCUUUCAAGUAUAUCAUCGAAAGUGCCAGGAUAACAGGAUUGAUUAACUCGUGGAUUUGAGAACGAGCUGAAAUUAUAUGAAUUUUUAUAUUUAUAUUAGGUAUACGCAGUAUCUGUUGUGCAUAAGGAAUUUCUGUCCGAUAUUCGUUCUGUUGAUGUACUUUUCUUUGAAUGUGCACCUGGGUUUGUUACUA